AUGGGUCCUUCAGCGUAUUGGGCCGUAACUGUGACUGUGGUGUGCGCUUUGGCGUGCCGUAGCUUCGCCCUAGUCGGUUAUUCUACAUCAGACAGCGGUAGCGAAGGAGGUGAAGAUGAUGACCUCGCGGCCGUCAUCGACAGGAACAUCAGAGCAGCAGUUGAAGGCGUGGUGGACAUCCUCGGCGCUUCACUGAACACGAUGAAGACAGAGCUGACCUCGCAGCUGGAAGCCGUCCAGACGGACCUCGAGGGUCAGCUGGAUCGACUCGAGACCCGACUGAUGACUCGCAUCCAGCGUCUCGAAGCGCAGGUGAAUGACGUCACUCCUCAGAUGAUGUCACAUAUUCGUGACGUCCAGAUGGCUCUGACCCAGCAGAACACUGACCUAUCGGCGCGUCUGCAGGACACCCAGUCGCAGCUGCAGAGUCAGAUGGAAGUCGGAUCGGACAACAUGUUCUCCCAGCUGGUGGACAUGCAGUCGCAGCUGCUGACGGCGCUGCUGACCCCUCGCGACUGCAGUGACCUCCCCGACUCGGCGAGGAGCGGCGUCUACCUGCUGUGGCCGAGUCCGAACCGCGCGGUGCCUGCCUUCUGCGACCUCAGUAGCGCCGGAGGACGGUGGACGGUCAUUCAGCGCCGCGCCGAUAUUCGCCCCCGGACUGACUUCAAUCUCGGCUGGGAGGCGUAUGGCCGCGGCUUCGGCGCCGUGCUGGGAGAGUUCUGGUGGGGUAACGAGAACCUCUACCGCCUGACGGCCAUCCAGGGUCGCCACUACGAGCUGAGAGUCGAACUGGAGAGCGCAGACGGCGAGACGAAGACGGCGACGUACAGAACCUUCCGCGUGUCGGGAGUGGCUGACGGCUACCGUCUAACCGUGUCGGGCUACUCGGGUGACGCCGGGGACAGCCUCUCCGGCAGCUCGGGUCACAAGUUCUCCACGAGGGACCGGGACCAGGACGGCAGCGAGGACCACUGCGCCGCACUGUGGGAAGCAGGGUGGUGGUACGGCGCCUGCCCCCACAGCAACCUCAACGGGCCGUACCUGGCGCCGGUCAACUCCAGCAGCCUGUACGGCGUGGUGUGGCCGCAGUGGCUGCAGGCCGCCUCGCUGAAGGCCGUGGAGAUGAAGAUCAGACCGACCGAGUCGCCCGCCACCGGGGUUGUGAGUGAGCCGUACCAACGGAACUGAGAAGUGUGCUCUUCUUUAUCUCGUCACAAGUCCGCCAUAUUUGGCGACUCGCAGGCGCUGCAUGGAACGGCAAAGCAUUUUAACAUUUUUAAGCUAUCGGUGAG